AUGGCCCCUCCGCCUCCAGGUCCCAUUUUCCUUCGGGGUUCCCGAUUCCUGCCGCACCCAAGCCUUCAGAUGUGGGCAUCCCUCGCCUUCCUGCUCUCACAGCUUUCGUCUUCUAAGACGACUUUGCUUAAGGAGUGCCUUCCCACCGCCGGGGCGGUUUCCCGCGCGGGGCGGGCUCAGGGGCACCGCGCAGGGGUGGCGGCAGGCCCGGGAGCCCCAGCGCGCUCACCUAGGUUUGCAAGAAAAGUGGCGCUCGCAUCUCCACCGCUGACCGCCGCGCCCCACCAGCCCUCCUCCCCACCCCGCCCGUUCGCUUCCGCCCGGUCUCCUCCCCGCCCCCGCCGACCCACCGGCGCGGCGCUGACCCCGCGCCCUUCGAGCCGCGGCGGGAACGGGUGCCCCGCCGCUGCCUCCUCUCUCCCGCCCCAGAAUCCCGCGGAUCCGCUCCCCCGGGCGCGGGGGCGGGGAGGGAGGGGCCGCUCGCUUCUCGUGCCUCCCUACUGGGGCACAGGGUCGGGGGCUGGACUCUCCGACACCGCGGGCCCCACAGCCCUCGGGGCCCCGGCAGGGGUCUGCAGCUCCAGCUUCCUUCCGCUGCUGCAAGUUCGCCUGCUUUCGCGAAUAACUAACACGGGCUGGCGCCCCUUCUGCCGGGUUUCCCAAGCGAGGCGCGCGUCUUCCCCCGCCCCCAUCCAUCCCAAGGUGAAGCACCGGGAGGGAGGACACCCCCGCUUCGCCAGCAACGUGCGCCGCUCCCGAACCCAAACAAUGAUCCCGCUUCCUUCCUCGCCCAGCCCUCCUCCCGCCCCACCCCCCGCGCGCACCCCAGCAUCCAGGGCACCGCCCGCCCGGACUGCCCCUGCCCGGACCCCAUUGUUGCCCGACCCAGGCGAUGCCCGGCGCCCGGGGGCGGGCCCCGGGAGCAGCCGCGCCGCCGCGCCCGCAGCCUCGGCCGGCCGCUGGAGCCGGCUCCGCCCACACCUUUCCAAGUUAGCUGGCGGGUGA